GCUUCAUUAAGGUCACCCAUCCAGCUGGUUUAAUUUAGACGUACAUUGAAGUCAUGUCUGCGCUGGAUCUAUUUCAGUGCACAGUAGUUUUCACAGUUUCUCCCUGCUGCAGCCUGCAUUACUUCCUCUUUACUUUUCCUUUUGAGGCCAACCCAUAUAAUAUUUGCAAGACGCUCUCACUCCCCGGACAACAAGAACUGCAGGUUGUCUUCACUUCUCACAAAUCUCCCCAGCCAAGUACAUUUGCAUAUCCCGGAAACAUCUAAAGACAGAAAGAGAGAGGGGGGCUCAGAAGACGUAUCUGGGAGCUGUCUUGGUCUCUCUGCAGCUCUUUCUUACCUGGUUUACAGGGACCAAUUCUGAGUCACAAGAGCCAGCCUCAUGGAGGGGGAACGAGGCAAUCGAAUGACUGUGUUUAAUCUCGUGGCUGUGUUUGAGGAUCCCAGGGCAGAAAAACCCUGCCGGAGUCCUCGCAAGGAAUCAAGCCAGCCCCCGACCAAGACCAAGCCAGCAGCACCAAACUCCCCAGCAUCCGCGUUGCUCCCACCCACAGCAGGCAGCAAAGCUCCGAGCAAGGCCAGAGAGGACAGAGCAGAGCCGGAGAACCAGCAUGAGGGGCACCAGCCUCCCCUGAGGACAAUCCAGCCGCCCCAGCGUCAGGAGCCGGAGGAGAACCCGCCGCAGGGUCGGAGAGGGCUCACCGUCAAGUGUCUCAGUUCCUUCAAGAGCAAAAUCAACAGCAGCAACUGGCGGAGUCAGCAGUCAGUGGAUUCCCAGCCAGGCAGCGAGUUAAGCCCUGGAGGCAACAGGAACCAGGAUCCAGAAGAAAAGAAAAUUGCAUUGGAGCUGUUGGAAACAGAGCAAGCCUAUGUCAAUCGACUUCACCUUCUGGACCAGGUGUUUUUUGCAGAGCUGAUGAAGGAAGCCAGAAGCGGGAAGAGCAUCCCAGAGGAUGUGGUGAAAAUGAUCUUCUCCAACAUCUCCUCCAUUUACCAGUUCCACGCCCUGUUUUUCCUGCCAGAGCUGCAGAAACGCAUGGAGGAUUGGAGCUCCAAUCCCAGGAUCGGGGAUGUCAUCCAGAAGCUAGCCCCGUUCCUCAAGAUGUACGGCGAGUACGUGAAGAACUUCGACAAGGCGGUUGAGCUGAUCACCACCUGGUGGGAGAAGUCCCCCCCCUUCCAGGAGUUCAUUGUGGACAUUCAGAAGAGGGAAGUCUGUGCUAACUUGACCCUGCAGCACCACAUGCUGGAGCCGGUACAGAGGAUCCCACGCUAUGAACUCCUGCUGAAGGAUUACGUCCGGAAAUUACCUCCAGAGUCACCAGACCGGCAUGACGCAGAGAAAGCCCUGGAAAUGAUUUUCUCUGCAGCCAAACACUCAAAUGCGGCCAUUGCAGAAAUGGAGCGUUUGCAGAACCUCUGGGAGGUGUAUCAAAGGCUGGGGCUGGAAGAUGAUAUCGUCGACCCUUCCAACGAGCUCAUUAAGGAGGGCCCCAUUCAGAAAAUCUCCUUCCGCAACAACACUACGUCGGAGAAGUAUCUCUUCCUGUUCAACAACAUGCUGCUGUUCUGCGUGCCGAAGGUCAUCCAGGUGGGGGCGGAGUUCCAGGUGCGCUGGCGGAUUGAUGUGGAGGGCAUGAAGGUGCGGGUACUGAAGGAUGUGGAAUUCCCUCACUCCUUCCUGGUCUCAGGGAAGCAGCGGUCGCUGGAACUGCAAGCCAGGUCGCAGGAGGAGAUGAACGCCUGGAUAAAGGCCUUCCAGGACGCCAUUGCCAAGAAAGAGAAGCAGAGCGAGAGCUUCAAGACAGCAGUUCACGGGCCUGAUGGGGAGGUCCAGGAAUUUGCUUUCAAGUCGGAGGAGCUGGGCCGACGGGCCCCGCAGUGGGUGCGGGACAAGCUGGUGACCAUGUGCAUGCGCUGCAAGGAGCCUUUCAACGCCAUCACGCGCAGGAGGCACCACUGUCGGGCCUGUGGCUACGUGGUGUGCGCCCGGUGCUCCGAUUACAGAGCUCCGCUGCAGUACGACAGGAACCGGCCCAACCGCGUCUGCCUGGAGUGUUACGUCUUCCUGACGGGGCAUCUGCUGCCUGAGGAACGAGAGGGGAAGCACAAGGGGAUCCUCGAGAAAGAAUCAGCGGAAAUCUCGGGGCAGAGCCUGAUGUGCAGUUUCCUGCAGCUGUUGGAUAAGAACGGGAAAGGGGGAACGCGGGGCUGGUUCGUGAUCCCACAGGACGACCCCCUGGUGCUGUACAUGUAUGCGGCACCCCAGGAUGUCAAGGCUCACACCUCCAUCCCCCUGCUGGGCUACCAGGUGAAGGAGCCGCCCCAGAGUGACCCCCGUCACCUCUUCCAGCUGGUCCAGUCCAAGCAGACCUACACAUUUGUGGCGGAGACGGAGGAGCUGAAGCAGCGCUGGAUGAAGAUCAUGGAGCAGUCAGCCAGGGGCAAUGCUCCUCUCUCUGGAGAAGAGGAGGAGGAGGAGGAGGAUGACUCAUUCGAUGACCUGGAGUGAUUGGGGCUCUCGGCAACCUCUUCUAGGCUGUCUAUGGAUGACUCCAAUCCUUCAUGUCGGAGAACUCAGACAGCAAGAUCUAGUGGUCACAGCAAAGUGACAGGGACUCAGGAGACCUGGGAUCCUAUCCCCAGUUCUGUUGCUCACUUGCUGUCAACUUGGGCGAGUCACUGGACUUUUUUUUGUGCCUCAGUUCCCCCAUCUCUGCAGUGGGGAUGAUGGUACUUACUAACCUUUGUAAAUUGCUUUGAGGUUUAUCAAGGCAGGGCAGCAUAGCCCUUACUGUUCCCAUUGCCCAGACCACACUGCAGAGGAAGGUGUGAUUGGAGCAAGUAGUAAAAAGUAAUGUCGUUUGGCACCAUGGGCGAGCAAUCCAAGUACAUAGCCAGGCUCCCUGGCAGACUUAUACACGGGUCGCUAGCCCAUGCCACCGUGUCUACAUGGCUAUUGUAAGCCGUGCUAGCUAGAUGGGCAGGCUAGCUAGGUGUGGAGGCCAGUAAGCCUCUGCCUCAGGCAAAGAUGGCUCAAGCUGCAGAGUUUGGAUCCCGCGGAGAAGGAGCCAUCUGCAAAAUUCAGAUGUGACAGGAGGGUGGGAUUUGGAUCCGUGAGCAGAGCCUUUCUAGAGGAUCUGACAAAUGCCCCAGGACCCAGUGGGCAGUCCUCUUGGCUAAUUAGCCAUCCGCCUCUUUGUGGGAGGAGGGGAAUGGGCUGGAGGAAGCUGGGGAAACAGACAAGGAAGGAGGCUGAGAUGAGGGAGGUGCUGCUGGAGUCAUGGAGGGGAGGGAUUGGAUGACCAAAUAGAAGUGGGAAGAGAUGGGAUGGGGAUGGGGGGGCCCAUGGCAGGAGGUUCCUCCCAUGAUUAGCUUAACCCAGCCACUCCAGCUGGGUGGGAACCAGGUUUCCCGUCCUGCAACAAUUUUUCAAGAGAUCAAAACAUUUUCCCACCCUGAAUUGGAAUGAAAAGUUGAAAUCUUGAAAAAUGUUGUAAACCAAAAAUGUGGAGGGGGGAAAAAAUACCCAACCGCUCCCGCCUCCCUCCAAAAGCAAUCGGUUCAGGUCAAUCAAUGUUUUGUUCCACUUCGGACAAUUUUUCAUCUUCUUACCUUUAUUUCAUUAUCAUUAGCUUGCAUUUCAAACGAAAAGCUGCUUCAAACCAGAACUUUUGGUU